AUGGCCGAUACUACCGGAAGGAUUCCUCUUUGGCUAAUAGGUACUGUAACUGGUAUUCUUGUGAUCGGUUUAAUCGGUAUUUUCUUUUAUGGUUCAUAUUCUGGAUUAGGUUCAUCCCUUUAG